CCGUAACCGUAAAUCUUGCGCACGUGUAUUUCUUGCAUGCUGAAGCACUAGCGGACAAGGGCCGCUUGGCGUCACCUCUGUGUUCGCAAUGUACCUCUGUGUGAUAGCGCUAACCCUCUUUGCACAGCUGCAUAUACUUUCAGCAAAGGAUGUAUCGGAAUUAUCUCCCAGUGACUGCAAGGACGUCGAUUACCUCAUAACGAGCCAGGGAUACCCAUUUGAGCAGCAUAUGGUGACAACGGACGACGGCUACAUCAUACAGUUACAUCGGAUACCGCAUGGAAGAGCCAAAUGUCCGUCGCCCUGUCACAGGACACCUGUCUACAUAAUAGGGGGAUUCCUUACGGACUCUUCAGCUUUCGUGCUAAACCGACCGGAGCAAUCAUUAGGUUUUGUUCUUGCCGAUAAUGGUUAUGACGUGUGGCUUGGAAAUACACGGGGCGGUCGACAUGGAAGGAACCACACGCUCCUCGAUCCCGAAGGACACGAGUUUUGGAACUUCACGUUUCACGAACAUGCCAUACUGGACGGCACGUCUCAAAUCGACUACGUUCUCUCACACACAAAGCAAAGUAAACUUAUCUACGUUGGUUGGUCACAAGGAACGCUCACUUACUUUAUAAUGCUGUCGGAGAAGCCUGAAUACAACGAAAAGAUCAGAGCGUUCGCAGGACUAGCGCCAGUUCUUAGAAUUAAGAGAAUAGACCUCAGGUUGGCUGGAUUUGCACCGACGAUUGAAAGACUUCUGGAAACGUUACGGGAGAAAAGCCCCGAAGAGUUAUUUCCCGUCGUGCCUGACAAAGUUAUACAAGAUGUCCAGUUCUGUGGUAUCCCGGUGAGCGACACCUGCGCCGUGCUUCUUGACGACUUAGUUAACAUCGGGACAAAGUACAUGAACAAGUCUAGGUUUCUCACCUACCACUGCAACUUCCCAACUGGAACAUCGGUUAAAACCGCCCAGCAUUAUCUUCAGGUGGUGAAAUCCCAAGAAGCCAGAAUGUUUGACUACGGUCCCCAAGAAAACAUGAGGAUUUACGGACGGAACACCCCUCCGAUGUACAGCCUGAAGAACGUGAAAACCGACGUAGGCGCCUUCUGGAGCAGAGGUGACCAGUUCGUCCCACACGACCAGGUGGAGGAAGUGUUGUUGCCAGAGCUUGGAGACAGAGUUAAAAAGAAGCACUUCAUCGAUGAUCCCGACUACUCUCACCUGAAUUUCGCAAUUGCGUUAACUAAUCCUAAAGUUCUUCAUCCUGAACUUUUGGAGUUCUUGGAAAGGUACACGAAGUGACGGAGAGUAUUUGCUUGCAUGGCAAGACUUCCACAAAUUGAAGCGAUUGCAGAGAGUGCGAUGGUUGUAAACCAAAUGCGUUCGGUGACAAAUAAACGACCUUUAUUAUUUGG